AUGACUGGUCCGGGUGAGCCCUCACAUGGGGAACCGCUGGGGACGACUACCGAUCCGCUGGACCCAAGAGCGGCCGCCUGCGGCUGCGGCAACGACGGUGCCUGCUCCACGUGGUGCACCUCCGCGACGGAUCACAAUGCGGCGGACCCUCCUCACAUAGCAAGUCCGAGGCGUGAAGAGUCAACCUCUGAACCUGCCACCGAUGUGCGAACGAAGAGAUGUUCGCGGGGCCACGCAAGCAGCACCCGUCACACCCCGCGCGAUGAAUGGUUGGUAACUAUCGCUUCGCUGUACGCGACGGAGCACAACGCCGUUCGCAUAGACGCUGAGCUCUUUCGGCGGCCGGCUGCGGCUCCAAGCGGGCGCUGGCUCCGGGAGGGCACCAACGAGGAAUGGGCUCGCCGAAAAAGUAUUGUGAGCCGGCCUCCAAAGUCGGGUGUCUAUUCAGGUGAGCAGGCAAAGCACAGGCGCCAUCAAGGAGGACAUCUUGCUGGCAGCCGAAGGCGCGUGCGUGAACCAGUGGAGCUUCGACACAUGCUCACGGUGGCUAAGACGAUCAGCUACAAUCCCGUGCAGCAAAGUGUUCACUUUUAUUUCUUUGAUCGAGCGACGGCGCGUCAAUACGCAUCUAUGACGGCCCGUUUCGUGGACAGUCUACCGGGUGGCCAACGUGCAUCAGCCUCACACGGGGUCGGUUAG